AUGGCGCGUCGACGCGAAAAGAGUGUGGAGGGGUGGAAUGUGCCUCCCGAGGGGCCGGCAUGGAAAGAAUCCCAACCGCGACCACAGACUUCAUUUCAUUUGGAACAGGUAAUCAAUCUGCGGAUCGACUGGAAUGUCAGAGCAGGAGUCCCUCCUGUUGCCCAAUCCAGUGGCAGGGUGAUUUUGGAGGACACGGUGCGAUGA